AUGGCGGUGGCUGAUUUGGCAUUUGUUGUGACUCUUCCAUUGUGGGCUGUCUAUGCUUCCCUUGGAUAUCACUGGCCCUUUGGCAAAUUGGCUUGCAAGCUUAGUGGUUAUCUAGUUUUGCUCAACAUGUAUGCCAGUGCUUUCUGCCUUACUGGACUAAGUUUGGACAGAUACAUAGUAAUUGUUCUCUCACCUGGUCCUGGUCAUCCACGUUCUCCACUAUCCAGCCCUCUGGCCACCAUCAUUACCUGGGCAAUGGCUGGGCUUCUUGCUCUUCCUGCCCUCAUAUUCAGGAACACUGGACAAACAGAUGACCUUUGGGACAACAGAACACUAUGCUACAUGGACUAUUCAGCUGUGGACAGUAACAGUCAAACUCACCUGUGGGAAGCUGUAUUGGGAUUUUCAUCCACUCUGUUGGCCUUUGUAGCUCCAUUCUGUGUUAUCCUCUAUUGCUACGCGUGCAUUGGUCGCAGAGUCUCAGGUCACUUUCACUUGCCCCUUGUUGCCAGCCGAAAAAGAAGAUUAUUAGCUAUCAUGGUUGGGCUUGUGGUCACAUUUGGAGCAUGCUGGGCCCCUUUUCACUUAGUGAAGAGUAUCUAUGUCCUCAUGAAUGCAGAAGUUUUGCCCCUCAGUUGUGCUCUGCAUGUUUUUCUCAACAACCUUCACCCCUAUGUAACCUGUUUGGGGUAUGCCAAUAGCUGCAUGAAUCCAGUUCUUUAUGCCUUCUUGGAUCCCAGAUUUAGAGGUCACUGUCGUAGGUUGCUGGGAUGUGGAAAUUUCUUAAAAGUGUCUACCACUAUGACUGAUAACAAAUUGGAAAUGACCCUGAGGGAUGGCCCCACUAAUGCCCAUGACCCUGAUUCUAUGUCUGCUGAUCAGAUACAUCAGAUAGUGAACAGGUCUGUACAGUCUGCGCUCACGUCCACCAUGGCGGCCAUGAAUUAA